GGACUUAUACAAAAUUUCCCGCGUAUUAGUUGACAGAUCGUAAAACGAAGUUCCGGUCAACAUAAAAGAUUAUUUGUUAUUUGAAGGAUCCAGAUAUUUGGUAUGAAAAGGUGUUUGAUUUGAAAGUUUGUUGUAGUAAUAUAAAUCAUCAACAGAUUGAUUAAUCCGAAGAUAAAGUAACUAAGGCAUAAUGGAUUUGCCUUACAGAGCAGAAUAUGCUAAAACUGGUCGUGCCGGUUGCAAAGGAUGCAACUCUCCAAUUGGUCAGGGAACUCUUCGUAUAGCUGUUAUGGUUCAGUCUCCGGUAUUUGAUGGAAAAAUUACCAAGUGGUACCAUGAAAUGUGCUUCUUUAGUAAGCAGAGACCCAAAACUGUAGACGAUAUAGAAAAUUUUGAAACUCUUCGUUUACCAGAUCAAGAGAAAAUAAGGGAAAAGAUAGCUGCUGCUGGUAGUGUGAUAUUGCCUGAAAAGAAGGGAAGAGGCAAGAAGAGAGAUGCUACUGCUGCAGCUUUGAAAAAUGCAGCACUCAAAGAUUUUCUUAUUGAAUAUUCUAAGUCAAGUAGAGCUACUUGUCGAGGCUGUGAACUCAAAAUAAUGAAAGAAGAAAUUCGAAUCUCUAAGAAAGACUUUGAAACAGAAGUUGGCAAAAAAUAUGGAGGUCAAGAUAUGUGGCAUCAUCUUUCAUGUUUUGCCAAGUUGCGUUCUGACCUGAGGUUUUAUGAGGCAGCUUCUGCUUUGCCUGGGUUCAAAUCCUUGUCUAAAGAGGAUCAAAAAGAGGCUUUGAAACAAAUUCCUGCUAUCAAGCAAGAAGAUAUUCCAGAGGAAGUGAAGAAACCAAAAUUAGAGGAACCCACAGAAGAAGAGAAAUUAUAUAAAGAGCAUUUGACUGUUCUUUAUAAGUAUAGAGAUCAACUGAAGAAAAUGACUAAGGGAGAGAUGACAGAUUUAUUGGAAUAUAACGAUCAAGAAAUACCUUCGGGGAAAGAUGCGAUUCUGGAUCGAUUAGCUGAUAUCAUGACAUUUGGUGCUCUUGAGCCAUGUAAAGUAUGUCACGGUGGUCAAUAUGUUUAUAACAAACUUGGUUAUAUAUGUCAUGGAGAUUUAACUGAAUGGAGUAAAUGUAACAAUAUCACGAAAACUCCAGCUCGAAGACCUUUCAAAGUACCUAAGGAACUCGAAAAAGAAUAUUCAUUCUUGAAAAGAUACAAAUACGUUCCCAGAACAAGAAUUAUCAAAGAUGUCAGUCCUACAGGUGCUGUGAAGAAAGAAGAUGAAGCUGAUGACAAACCUAGGGUAGAAAGAGAAGCUCCAGCUUUGUAUAAUAUGCAAUUUGUUAUCUUGGGAAAACCUCAAAGAGGAAAAGAUGAGCUCAAGAAACAAAUCACAAAACUCGGUGGGAAAGUUGUUACUAGUAUUAAUGAAAACAUCAUGGCUGUGAUAGCGUCUGAGGAAGAUGUAGAAAAGAUGGGCUCUCGAAUGCUAGAUGUUAGAUCGAAGGAUAUUCAAGUUGUGCCAGAAUCCUUUGUAGAUGACGCAGUUGGUAAAGCGGGAAAAAUUCCAGAUCUGAUAAUUGAAAAGAAAAUCUGCGACUGGGGAUCAGACCCAACUACUCGUCUGCCACCUGAACCUACAAGUAGUAAAUCGAAAUCAUCUAAAAGCUUCUAUACAAAAUCCGGUCCCAGUAAAGUGAAAUUGACUGUUAAAGGUGGAACAGCUGUUGAUCCUGAUUCUGGCCUAGAAAAAAAAGCGCAUGUGUACCAAGAAGAUGGUGACAAAUACACUGUAGUGUUGGGCAUAGUUGACAUACAAAAACAAAGAAACAGUUACUACAAAUUACAACUAUUGAAAUCGGACAAAGGAGAUUCUUAUUGGGUCUUUAGGUCAUGGGGUCGUACUGGAACAACUAUAGGAUCCAAUAAAGUGGAUUCAUUUGCUAGUUUGCAUUUAGCAAAAAGUGAGUUUUGUAGACUCUAUGAAGAAAAGAGUGGAAAUAUGUGGGAGGAUAGACAUGACUUUGUUAAGGUUCCCGGUAAAAUGUAUCCUAUCGAUAUUGAUUAUGGUGAAGAAGAAAUGAAAAAUAUCGAUGUUACUGAUGCUCCUAGUAACCUGGAGAAAGGAGUUUCCGAUCUAAUGAGAAUGAUUUUCGAUGUAAAACAAAUGAAACAGACAAUGCUGGAACUAGAAUUAGACACUGAAAAAAUGCCUUUGGGAAAACUGAGCAAAAAACAAAUACUUAGUGCAUAUGGAGUUCUGACUGAAUUGCAGAAAUCUUUGGAUUCGAAAAAUGUCCAGGAAAAUAAAUUCAUAGAUGGUACCAACAGGUUCUAUACAUUCAUUCCACACAAUUUUGGUGUUGACAAUCCCCCUCUGCUGAAAACCCCAGAGAUGAUAAAGCAAAAAAUCGAAAUGCUUGAUAGUCUGAUGGAACUUGAGGUUGCAUAUAGUUUACUGAAAUCUGCUGGAUCAGAUUCGUCCUUGGAUCAUUAUUAUUCAAAAUUAAAUACCGAAAUAAAAUCCAUUCCCAAGACCAGCGAAGAAUUCGAACUUAUCCAAGAAUAUGUUAAAAAUACACAUGCAGAAACUCAUCAAAGUUAUGAACUUGAAAUAUUGGAUCUGUUUGAUGUAAAAAGACAAGGGGAAGAAAAGAGGUUCAAACCAUUUAAAAAAUUACAUAAUCGCAUGCUCUUGUGGCACGGCAGUAGGACUACAAAUUUCGGCGGUAUUUUAUCACAAGGGUUGCGUAUCGCACCCCCAGAAGCUCCAUCUACUGGUUACAUGUUUGGUAAAGGUAUUUACUUUGCCGACAUGGUUUCGAAAUCAGCAAAUUAUUGUUUCACUUCUCCCGGAAACAAUCAUGGUCUUAUGCUGUUGUGUGAGGUUGCUUUAGGAAAUAUGCAUGAGUUGACCAAAGCUAAAUAUAUUGAAAAAUUGCCUUCUGGAAAACAUAGUACUAAAGGUUUGGGGAAAACGGCACCUGAUCCAAAGCAGUCUAAAAAAUUGGAAGAUGUAGAAGUUCCUUUGGGUAAACCCAUUAAGAUAUCUGGUCUUGAUGGUGGACAUUUACUUUAUAAUGAAUACAUUGUCUAUGAUGUUGCCCAAGUAAAAGCGAAGUACCUGGUCAAACUGAAUUUCAAAUAUAAGUAUUAACUGUUAUCAAUUUAUGCUUUAUUGAAAGUACUUUUUUAUGUACUUGUUACUUAAAGUAGCCUGCUAUAUUAUAACAUAUACUCAAAUUGAGGAAAAUAAUUCUCUCAAAGUUUACGUUUUUUUAUGUUAUUAUAAGAUGUUGGUUUAUUAUUAUACUUGUACUUGUUGUAGUUUUCUUUUUGAUUUUCUCAUUUUAAAAUAUUGAUCUGAGAAAAAAAUUUAAUCUAUAAUUAUACUUGUUGUAGUUUGUACUUUUUCAUUGAAUAUAUUUUUGGAAAUUG